AGUUUUCUUCUACUUCCCGUAAAGGGAUUUAUCUAUCUCUCCUACCUCGAAGUAGCUGUCUUAGGCUAAAAGACAUUAACAUCAUGGGUAUCCCAUAGAUAGCUAAUAAGAAUCACCACUGAUCAUAACCCACUCCUCUCCUCUCCUCUCCUCUCCUCUAACUUGAGAGAUGGAGCCCAAACAUUUUCCAGGUACAGAAGGAUGUAGCAGCAGCGAAUCUGGGUGGACAAUGUACAUUGCCUCUCCCAUGCAUGAAGGAGAUUCAGAAUGCAGUGGAAAUGAUGAUGAUAACAACAUUCACAUCACCAACUUCAACUAUGGUGACGGUAAGGAUGAGGGCAGUGAUGACUCAAUGGCUUCCGAUGCUUCAUCUGGGCCAAGUCAUCAUGAACAAGCAUGUGAGAAUGGGCAAGAUAGUCAUGGUAUGGGCAUGGCUCCUUUCAAGCAUGACAGGGGUGACAACAUCAAGUAUUCUUCAUGGAAGAAAGGAAACAAACAAGAGAAGAAGAAAGGAGGGGAAAGCAGUUCAAAAAAGGAGAAGAAAGAUUUGGUGCUCAGGAGAAAUAGUGCCAGCAGUCACACUCAACGUGGGGCAAGUAAGUAAAAUUUACAGAGGAAAAAUGAAGAAACGCAUGUAUUUUCUAUCUAGAUCUUCUCCAAGAAUAGAAGCAUUCUGUGAUUCCACAUUUCAUAUAUUUAUAAUUCUAGUCUUUCAGUGCCAUAUUUCAAUAAGCAU